ACAUUUCUAAAACAUAUGAAAAUGAUUUCGUAUUAAUUCAUGAUAAAAGCAAAGUAUUCUGUGCUUAUUCUUAAUUUCGUGCGCGUGUCGCGCGCACACCACGUGACCAUUCGCGGUCACGUGACAAUCAAGCUAGCAGCAAUAGUGGGAACAGCUUGAAUUUCCCCUGUGGAGCAUCGCCAGAGGGGAAUCGAGUCAAUUUUCUAAUGGAAGGGGUAUGGGAUGUAUUUUUCUGGCAUCCCUGCCACGUACUACGUACCCACACCCAUGCGAAAUCUCAUAUCUUAAGAGACACCAGCUCGGUGUCGUUGGUUCAGACUGUGGUUCGCAGUAGCUCAAAGCAUCAGGCAGCUUAAAACCAGUUAAUCAUUCUCUCAUUCGGUUUCCGGCUUCGCUUUCCUUCCAAUUAUUGCUUAUUUACGUGGCGGGUAAUCGUGCAACUGGAGCAACAUGUGCGGAAUUUUCGCGUAUAUCAAUUAUCUGACGCCGAAGAGUAGAAAGGAGAUUCUCGAGCUACUCGUUGGCGGAUUGAAGAGAUUAGAAUACCGAGGCUACGAUUCCGCAGGCGUCGCCCUUGACAGCGCCGAUGGCAAGGAUAUCACGAUUAUUAAAAAGCAGGGAAAGGUCAAGGCACUGGAAGAUGAAAUUUUUUAUCGUACCAAUAUUGACUUCGAAUCGAAGACAUGCAUCCACGUGGGUAUCGCGCACACCCGCUGGGCGACCCACGGUGUCCCAUCCGAGCUGAACUCGCACCCGCAGAGAUCGGACAGCGGACAUGGUUUCCUCGUUGUCCACAAUGGAAUUUUGACUAACUACAAAGAACUGAAGACGCUGCUUGAGCAAAGGGGCUACAGCUUUGAGAGCGAUACUGACACAGAAGUCAUCGCGAAGCUGAUCCACCACUUGUGGGUACAGCAUCCGGGUUUCUCGUUUCGGGAGCUGGUCGAGCAGGUGGUUCAACAAUUGGAAGGCGCUUUCGCGUUGUGCUUCAAGAGCAAGUAUUUCCCGGGCGAGUGCGUGGCCACCAGAAGAGGUUCCCCGCUCCUCGUCGGCAUUAAAACGAAGACGAGACUUGCUACAGACCACGUGCCCAUCCUCUACGGAAAAGAUGAACUUCCACGCGUAAAUGAAGAAGGUGAAACUCCGACUAAAGAUCAUAGACCACAUGGACGCAAUACUGAACUUCCAGUGAUCCCACGAAGCGAGAGCACUUCCGAGUUCCAACCGUUGGAGAACAAAGAAGCCGAGCAUUUCUUCGCUUCGGACGCCAGUGCCGUGAUCGAGCACACAAAUCGUGUCAUAUUUUUAGAGGACGAUGAUGUGGCUGCAGUUAAAGAGGGUGCUCUCAGCAUUCAUCGUCUUCGAAGAUGCAUGGACGACCCCCAUGCUAGAGAAAUCACCACUCUUAAGAUGGAGAUCCAGCAGAUCAUGAAGGGCAAUUAUGAGUACUUCAUGCAAAAGGAGAUCUUCGAGCAACCGGAGUCGGUAGUGAAUACCAUGAGGGGACGUUUGAACUUCCGAGAUAAUUCCGUCACGUUAGGAGGUAUCAAGGAUUACAUUCCUGAGAUCAAGAGAUGCAGGCGGUUGAUGCUAAUUGGAUGCGGAACGAGUUAUCAUUCUGCCAUUGCUACCCGACAGCUUCUUGAAGAAUUGACUGAGCUACCAGUCAUGGUUGAACUGGCUUCGGAUUUCUUAGACAGAAACACGCCUGUGUUCAGAGACGACGUCUGCUUCUUUAUCUCACAAUCGGGUGAGACUGCCGAUACUCUGUCGGCCUUGCGGUAUUGCAAAGGACGCGGAACUCUGAUCGUUGGUAUCACCAACACAGUAGGCAGUAGUAUUUGCCGUGAAUCGCAUUGCGGUGUUCACGUAAACGCUGGCCCCGAAAUUGGUGUUGCUAGUACGAAAGCCUACACUUCUCAAUUCAUUUCCCUGGUGAUGUUUGCCCUAGUUAUGAGCGAGGACAGAAUCUCUCUUAGUAACAGACGCAAAGAGAUUAUCGAAGGAUUGAAGAACUUGGAUAAUCUUAUUCGUCAAGUUUUACAGCUUGACGAUAAAGUGAAAGAAUUAGCCAAGUCUCUAUUCCAGCAUAAAUCUUUGCUGAUCAUGGGUAGAGGAUACAAUUUCGCUACGUGUAUGGAAGGAGCUCUCAAAGUCAAAGAGUUGACGUACAUGCAUAGCGAAGGUAUCAUGGCAGGAGAAUUGAAGCAUGGACCUUUGGCGCUCGUCGACGACUCGAUGCCAGUGAUCAUGAUUGUCAUGAGGGAUCCAGUUUACGGGAAAUGCAUGAACGCCCUUCAACAAGUAAUGGCACGAGAGGGGAAGCCUAUCGUUAUAUGCGAGGAAGGCGACACCGAGACGAAAAUGUUCGCGGACAGGGUCCUCGAAGUGCCUAAGACGGUGGACUGUCUCCAAGGCAUUCUCACGGUCAUUCCAAUGCAACUUCUAUCUUUUCACAUUGCGGUUCUUCGCGGAUGCAACGUCGACUGUCCGAGGAAUCUCGCGAAAUCGGUCACAGUCGAAUAAAACGGUCGACGACUUACAAUACAGGGACACUUGUUUCGAAUGCUGCGCGCCGUGCUUACUUAGUCGUCGACUUAAAUCUUAUAUACCAUUAUCGAUAAGCAAUGAUUAUCAGACGCGCCGUGAUAUUCUCGCGAUAACGCGAAAACUAAUAACAUUUCCAAGUACUUAGUAAUUAUAGGUUUGCGUUAGGGUACGUUCUCCUACGCGUGUCAAAGAACAUUUAGGCUUGACCAGUUGGACCAUCGUUAAUCUUAGGAUAGAUGAAUACUCAAAAAUCAACGAAAACGUUCCUCGCGAUGGAACUAUGUUAAUCGAGUUCCCAGGAAAUGAUUCCAAUACAUUUAGCUAUUCUAUUGACUAAUCGAUUGUAAUUGUACUCUUUCUAAUCACUUAAAUAAGACUGCGGUAGAGAAGAUUAUUGUUGCAUCAGGAACUUGUGGAUGUUCCAGUGAGUAGUGUUGUCUAUGAGUGGAUGCGGAUACAUUGGAUGUAGCAUUAGGCGAUCGAAGAAUACUAUUAUUUAUAAAUACGAUGAUUUCCACGCGAUUGUCAAUUAUGAUUAUUUCACGCUUUCAGAAAAUUCGUAUUUUGUACAGUAUUUAAGGAAAGAACGCGGAUAUGAAAUUCGAUUUUGCCACGAAUGUAUUAAUGAAUUAUAUGCGAAUUUCGUAUUGGUGGUUCGACGGAAAAAGUUUUGUAUAAAUUUUCCCUUGACCCUGUUCUAUCUAUCAGCGAACGACUUUUACCGUGUGUCGAAGUCAACGUAAUUAAGUAACAAACGCAACUUUUCUAUAGGUUAAUCGAGGUGUUGGAAGUAUAAGAUGCCGAGUCGUUACUUACCGAAUUUGUAACAGUCUCACGUAAAUAACGUGCGAUACGUCGAGUGAACAAUAAAAGGUACACACCUUCAUACUAUCCGCGUUAAGUUAUUGCAGAAUGUGUUCCACGAAAAUGCACACGAACCGUAAAUUUAAAAUGUAAUUGCACUAUUUGUAACGUGUAAACAUAUCGAAUAAACUGACAAAAUGAAAUACCUUAA